CUAUUGACACAUCCAAGCAUGAUGUUUAAAAACCUCCCAGUUUUAGGCAGAUCAAUAAAGCGAAGCCUCAAAAAAACUUGCUGCGAACCACCCAAAAAAGAAAUAAUCGCUGAAGAAAUCGAACGACCCUCUCACCAAGCCAGAGCUUACAAAAGAGGCGAAUGGCGGCCCUAUUCGCCCUUCAAACCGCAAGGCAAAAUCGAAUGGACAAUGGCAAGACUGGACGACCUCCUAAAUUGGGGCAGGAAAGGAUCAUUGUGGCCAAUGACCUUCGGUCUGGCCUGCUGCGCAGUCGAAAUGAUGCACAUUGCUGCGCCAAGGUACGACAUGGACCGGUAUGGCGUGGUGUUUAGGGCUUCGCCCAAACAGACUGAUGUUAUUAUAGUGGCUGGUACUGUUACCAACAAAAUGGCGGUAGCUUUUCGAAGAGUUUACGAUCAAAUGCCCGAACCUAAAUGGGUUAUUUCUAUGGGAAGUUGUGCCAAUGGAGGAGGGUACUAUCAUUAUUCGUACGCUGUGGUGAGAGGUUGCGAUCGCCUAAUACCAGUUGACAUUUACGUACCAGGUUGUCCUCCUACAGCAGAAGCCUUAAUGUACGGUGUCCUAAUGCUCCAAAGAAAAGUGAAAAGGGCAAACGGUGUUCAAAUGUGGUAUAGAAAAAUUUGGUCUCACAAGCACAGAGUCGGCUUUUGAAUAAUUCCAUUAGUUCGGUUCUCUUUUUGCAUAAUUCGGCUAAAUUUUUAAGUUUUUAGGUAAAAAGUUCCGUUCUUUUUAAUGAUCUAUUUAAAUACAGGUAUAAUGCCGUCACCUCGGCGGAAGUUGAACUUAACUUUAAGAUGGCACUUGGAGGGAUUUCAUUUAAAUUCAUUUGAAAUGCUAAUGCCUAAAUCCCCCGGUCGUGAAUAAAAAUUAUCCGUCGCGGAGUUGUGUAUAUUAUUUAUUUUUACUUACCUUUUUAUGGAUAUCGAC